AUGGUCCUACUAGCGAUGCAGAGAUUGGCCUUACUCGAGAUGCGUAUGGAUUCUCUAUUUAAGGAUAUCAACGUUCUCGUAGACAGCAAGACUGUUCUUUCAGUUCUACAACACGGUCGUACCAAUGCUGGUCCAAUGCAAGUGUACAUGGAGAAGAAGCUCCGCUUGCUCCGAGAACUUAUGAGAGAACGGCUCAAUACUAUAUGCUUCACCUAUGUCGAGACUAACAGCAACUUGGCUGAUAUUGGUACCCGUAAUGAUCUCCACAAACGUCUCAUCCAACUGAGAGACUCCGAAGCUCUUGAGCAUGACGGCGUGCAACCUCUACAAGCUGCUGUCAUCCCUUCUACGGUAUCACCUUCCGCUGGCAAGCGUCAACGUCAAAUCUCCCCUACCGACGCCGACCCUGUGGUCAAGAAGAUCUGUACAAGACCCGACCAAUCUUCACUGAAGUAUACUAGAGAAGAACUGGGACAGUACUGCCGUGAACGAGAAGAGCUUCUUCGUAAAAACAUCAUUGUUGGCGAUUCUACCG